AUGGAAUCUGAACAACAUAUAAAUCUUCAACCCAUGAAUCAACCACAAGUCGCUCAAGCUGCUGCUUCCAAUUGGGUUCCCGUGAUGCAUACUGGAUUGAGCAAAAGUGCGACAGUCUUGGCUGGUCUCGGUGCCGUAGCAGGCAUGGUUGUGUUCACUGUAACACUUCUUGUGCCGAUCAUUGUCACACAAAGCAAAUAUACGACACUGACAAGUGAAACAACCACACUAAAUACAACCACUACGAUGGCUACAAUUAUCAACCCGACGACAACCGACACAACACAAACAACAACGAUCAGUACGGAAACAACCACUGCAACUGAAACAAGCACCGCGGCUGAAACAGCGACCGCAACUGAAACAACCACCACAACUGAAACAACUACCGCGACUGAAACAACCACCGCAACUGAAACAACCACCGCGACUGAAACAACUACUACAACUGAAACAACCACCGCGACUGAAACAACCACCGCAACUGAAACAACCACUGCAACUGAAACAACCACCACAACUGAAACAACCACCGCGACUGAAACAACCACUGCAACUGAAACAACCACUGCAACUGAAACAACCACCACUACUGAAACAACCACCGCAACCGAAACAACCACUGCAACUGGAACAACCACCGCCACUGAAACAACCACUGCAACUGAAACAACCACCACAACUGAAACAACCACUGCAACUGAAACAACCACCACCACUGAAACAACCACCACAACUGAAACAACAACCGCAACUGAAACAAGCACUGCAACUGAAACAACCACCACUACUGAAACAACCACCGCAACCGAAACAACCACUGCAACUGGAACAACCACCGCCACUGAAACAACCACUGCAACUAAAACAACCACCACAACUGAAACAACCACUGCAACUGAAACACCCACUGCAACUGAAACAACUACUGCAACUGGAACAACCACCGCCACUGAAACAACCACUGCAACUGAAACAACCACCACAACUGAAACAACCACUGCAACUGAAACAACCACCGCGACUGAAACAACUACUCCAACUGAAACAAUCACCGCCACUGAAAUAACCACCACAACUGAAACAAUCACUGCAACUGAAACAACCACCACUACGCAAACAACCACCGCAACUGAAACAACCACGGCAACUCAAACAACCACCGCGACUGGAACAACCACCGCGACUGAAACAAUGACCACUACGGAAACAACCACCAAAACUGAAACAAGGAGCACUACGGACACAUCAACGUCAAGUACCACUGAAACUACUACAACAACAACCACCACAAUAAGUUUACCAUCUUUCUUGGACGUUCAACCUGACACUAUUUAUGGUGUGUGGAAAACAUUUGCUAGAGGAAUCAGUACACUAGCGAUUGAAAGUAAUUCAGGUGCCGGAGCCUAUCUUGUUGGACAAUCUCCGAAUAAACUAUUCGACGGCAGUCUUAGUACAAAAUAUGCUAGUCGAGGUAAUUCAAGCUCUGGAACCAAUGCAUAUGCUGGUCUCAAUACUGGUUUUUAUAUGACUAUUGCUCAAUGUCAACCAGUACUCAUCGGAUUUCGAUUCGAUUCAACGUCUUUAUUCGUCGUACAAUCUGGAUCUGUUCAAGCUCUAUGGAAUACGGUCGCAGGUGGAGCUAGUACAAUUGCUACUGAGGAUUCAACAGGUGUUGGAACAUAUGCCAUCAAUCAGUCUCCUGACAACUUAUUUGAUAAUAAUACUAGUACUAAAUAUAUGAGUCGAGGUAGUUCAACUUCUGGAACCAAUGUAUACGCUGGUCUCAAUACCGGUUUUUACGUUACAAUUGCACAAUGUCAACCAACUCUUGUUAAAUUUCGUUUCGCUACUGCCGCCAAUGCAUCCUCACCUAAUCGUGAUCCAACUAAUAUCACAGUAGAAGGAGCUAAUUGUGAUACUUUGGUGAAUUGUACGACUUGGUCAAUUAUAUACGCCGGUUCAACAGGUUUAGAAAAUGUUCUAGGUCGUUCUACUUAUGGACCUUUUCAAAAUAUUUCAUCGCCUCACACUUUUACAAGUUAUCGCUUUCUUGUUACUGCUAAGCGAAAUACCAGUGACUAUGUUGCCUACAGCGAAGUAGAACUCUACGGUUAUUAG